AUAUCUCCCAAGUGUUCGUGUUAUUUUUACGUUCAUAUCUGCUUUAACUCUCCUUUUUCAUCUUAGCUUUUGGCACAGGUGAAUCUAUGGCAACAAGUGAAAGUCAAAAAUACACUUGCAGGACAUUCGGCAGUGGAGUCGUCCAGCCUUUCCAAGGUUCAGGAUUCUAUGUGCAUUCCAACUGUCCCUUCACCCUCACUCGAUUCACCCACAACCGAGUUGAAUGCGACGUCUCUAUACGCCGAGGGAACAGUGGCUUGGUGGUACAAGUCGAGAUCAUCAUCAAUAAAGUCAGGACUGUCCUUCAGAAUGGAAGCAUACUGGUGGAGGACAAAAGUGUUUCUCUUCCAUAUGAUCACACCUACCAGCAUAUUUUUCAGUACGGCAUCUACACUAAACUGAGGAGCUCAUUGCUGCCUCUCUCAGUCACCUGGCACAGUGUAGCUGGAGGAAUAGACACUCUUUGGGUCAAAUGUUUACAUCACACGUGGACUCUGUCAGUUGGUUCUAGAUUAUUUCUCUGGUAUUUGCAGGUCUGCAAUCAAUUCUUCUCCCACAUCACGGGUCAUCUACAGUUAAGCUGGCUUCAUUACCUUCAGCUGUGUUACAAGAACAUUUACAGCUACGAAGACAGCAAAUAUAUCAGCUGUGCUUUCUUCAAAGAGAUUGGUCAGCUUUUUGGAAAAAGGGGAUCUUUCUGGAACAAAACGAGUUCCAUAACCAAAUGCGAUCAGCCGACCUGUCCUGGAAAUCUGGUUUAUCAAGCAGAAGGUGCCCCCUUUGUUCCUAGCUGCUCCAAUCCCAACCCACAGGUCACCAACCAGGAUAUGACUAGCUCCUGUGUAUGCCCGGAUGGCAAGCUGCUUAAUGAUCACUUUCCUGGCUUCAGCUGUGUGAAUCCAGCCAGUUGCCCCUGUGUGUUUGCUGGCCAGACCUACUUAACUGGACAGACACGUAGCACCAAGUGUCAGUCAUGUUUGUGUGAAGGUGGAAAGUGGCGUUGCUCUGAAGACGUCUGCCCAAGAAAAUGUCUGAUUGAAGGACAAUUUGUUACAACAUUUGAUGGCAAACAAUAUGGGGUCCCUGGUAAAUGUGCAUUCGUGGCAUUACAGUAUCUCAACUGGACCGUGUUGAUUCAGUUUUCUGAUGAGGAUGUGUCACUGAAAAAAGCUGUUCUUCAGCAUAAUCAGGAAACGUAUACGUUCAAAAAUGACAUGGUGCACUUUGAAAACCAAGAGAUUAGUGAAUUUUAUCAGUCUGAUCAUGCUCAAAUUUACUGGCAGUCCUCAAUGCACGUCCAAGUUGAGACAUCCUCUGAUAUUAAGAUCCAAGUCCAGUUGUCUCCAGAAAUCCAGCUCUACAUCUCUGCUCCUACAAAACACGAGGGCACAAUGUCAGGUCUCUGUGGCAACAACAACGGGGACAGCACAGACGACUUCACCAGCAGCAGCGGCAUCAUCGAGAACUCUGCUAAACAUUUUGCUCUGUCCUGGAGUCUGGGCACUUGUGCAGUGAAUAUUCCCACCACCUGCAUCAACACUCACAAUGAAAUGUUUGCUAAUGAAAAGUGCUCUCUGUUAAACAACCCAACUGGAAUAUUUGCCAAGUGCCAUGGACAUGUGCCACCUGACCAGUACUACACAGCUUGUAUCCAAAGAACCUGUAACUGCAGGAAUGUGGAGAGCUGCUUAUGCGUUGCUCUGGGCAGCUAUGCCAAAGCUUGUGCCGGUCUCGGGGUUUUAGUUGGUGACUGGAGGAAAGCUACCAGCUGCACUCCAGAAUGUCCAAAGAACCAAGAGUUCUUCUAUGACAUACAACCUUUCAACCGUACAUGCCGCUCCCUGUCUGAACCUAGCCCUGCCUGCGAGGUGGAUGACUCUCCUGUGGAGGGCUGUGGCUGCCCAAAAGGAACAUACCUGAACCGAUGCAAAAAUGGGAAAGUUUGUGUACACUGCUCUGAGAACCCCAUUAAAACAGUUCAGAAAACUUGUGACGGCCUCAGCAAACCACUGGUUGAUGAUAAAGUCUGCGAGAAUGGUUGUUACUGCCCACAUGAUCAAUAUGAAGAUCACCAUGGAAACUGUGUAUCAAGGGACAACUGCACCUGUGUGUACAGUGGUAAAGUCUUCAGGGCAGGAGAGACUGUUAAAACCAACUGUAAAAACUGUGUCUGUGGUUGGGGUCAGUGGGACUGCACAGAUGAGCCGUGUCCCGGGACAUGUCAAGUCUAUGGAAAUGGACAUUAUCAGACCUUUGACUCUAAAUGGUAUCAAUUUAGUGGACACUGUCAGUACACACUUGUAGAGGAUUACUGUGGAAAACCAAACGGCAGCUUCUCUGUCAGAGUGGAGAGCGUACCCUGCUGUGAAGAAGUACUCACCUGUUCUCGCUCCAUUGUCCUGGACCUGCAGGGCAAAGCCACGCUGACUCUGAGUGACAUGAAGGUGACCAAAAACCUACAGCAAGGCUGGACUCUGCAGGAGGAUUCACUUUACAGUAUCGACACUGUGGGACUCUACGUCAUAGUGUCAGUGCCGAGCAGCGGGAUCACUCUCAUCUGGGACAAACACACACGGCUCACCAUAAAGCUGCAUGAAAACUGGAGGAGCAAAGUUUGUGGCCUGUGUGGGAAUUUUGACACCAAUGAGAUGAACGACCUGCAGAUAAGUGGCUCAGCAGUGGCAUCCAGUCCGAUGGCCUUUGGAAACAGCUGGAAGGCAGCCACUCCUCCUUGUUCUGAUGUAACUGCUGAUAUAUUUCCAUGUGAUCGCAACUCCUACUGCUCAGCCUGGGCCCAGCGGCGCUGUAUGAUUAUUAAAGGAGACACUUUCAAAGACUGUCACUUGAAAGUGGACCCAACUCCUUACUAUCAGGCUUGCUUGCUUGAGUCCUGCUCCUGUGAGUUUGAAGGGAAGUUCCUGGGCUACUGCACAGCUGUGGCAGCUUAUGCAGAGGCCUGCAGUGACCAGGAUGUCUGUGUAAAGUGGAGAACACCUGACCUGUGUCCAAUUUACUGUGACUACUACAACAAGCCUGGACAGAGUAUUUGGCACUAUGAAGCCUGUGGUAAGAUGAGAACCUGCGGUAAAAGAAACAACCUCAGUCACAAACUGGAAGUUUCCAGCUUGUGUGAAAAUGGAAGAAUUUAUUGUGCACCACCACCCACAACUACACCUGUUACCACACCUGCAACAAGUACUCCCAAAACAACUGCUUCGACCACUGUCAUUACACCAACAUUUACCACUAACAAUGUCUCAACUACUGCUGAAGCAAUGUCAACAGUGUCCACCUCUACACCAGCAAAUACUGCCACUACCACGGAUGCAUGGUCAACUAUGGCCACCACCUCUACACCAACAGCUUCAGCAACUACCACUGCUCAAUGGUCAACAGUGUCAGUAACGACUAAUACUGCCACUAGUAAAGAAACAUGGUCAGCAAUGCCCACUACCACCUCUCAGCCUACACCUACUUCACCUGUUACUACACUGACAACUCCCUCACCUACCAUAGUAACCUUAAUAACCUCUACAGAAGCUAACCAAACAUUAGAAACUACCUGGUCACGCACCACCUCAUUUUCAACUAUAACGAGUUCCACUUCUUCACUGACAACUGCUGUUUCGACACAACUGACAACAAAAAUAAAUGUCAGUGAACACACCACGGUACAGAUUACCACAUCAGAGUCUACAACUGUAGGCACGGGACCAACACAAACACAAGGGUCCACAUCCCAGGUGUGUGAAUGUGUAGACCUGAAGAAUAGAAAACGCUGGGCUUGUGGUGAGACAUGGACAGAAGACUGCUUCUAUAAGAGCUGUGUAAAUGGAAAGAUCAUUUUGGCAUCAGUGGCUUGUCCAGAGCCUAUAAUUCCCAACUGUCCAAGAGGCCAGGCCACAAAGGUCUCUGAUGGAUGCUGUGAAACAUGGAAGUGUGACUGCCAGUGUGAGCUGUACGGGGAGCCUCACUAUAUUUCUUUUCAAGGAGUCUAUUUUGAUUUCCUGGAUCCGUGCACCUACAUCUUGGCGGAGGAGCGUUCACCACGCCAUAAUCUUACUGUUGCUGUGGACAACUCCUAUUGCGUGCCAGGCAACAAUGGCUCCUGUGCUAAAGACAUCAUCCUAAGAUAUCAAAACAAUAUCGUCAUACUCAGUAUCGACCCACAUUUGUUUACAGUACAGGCCUCUCUGAACAAUGUGACGAUACAACCACCAUAUGAAGAGCAUGGGUUAAGAUUUGAGACCACGGGGUACAUGGUGUCAGUUCAUCUCCCAAAGAUCCGUUCUUAUGUCUCCAUCAGCCCGUCUCAUAACCUGGUGGUCAAUCUGGCCAUGGAGCACUUCUUCAACAACACUCAGGGACAAUGUGGUGUGUGUGGUGGAGCAUCAUGUAUUCGCAAAGGAGGGCAGAUUGAGGAUGAUGGAUGCUGUGAUAAGACGGCCUAUGACUGGGUGUAUCCAGAUCCUCUGAAGCCUGCCUGUAAUCCUGCACCAAAUGAUGUACCCUGUCUUCUUGGGCCAACUUCAGCACCGCCUACGCCACCUGUUCCCCCCUGCCCUCUGAGCCCAUUAUGUGAACUUCUACUCCACCCCGUUUUUGACACUUGCAGCAAGCAUGUGGAUCUAAAACUUAAAAAGAAGAACUGCCACUUUGAUUCCUGCCUGAAUCCUAAUGGUUCUUGUAAUAUUUUGGCACAAGCUGCUGAAGAAUGUAAAAAUGCAGGUUUCUGUAUUGACUGGAGAGGACUGACUAAUGGAUCAUGUGAUGUGCCUUGUCCACAUGGGCUGGUCUACAGAGAAUGUCAUAACAAGCAGGAUGAUUUUUGCAAUAGAGGAGUGCGUUAUCCAGGAGCCUCCCUUGAAAUGAACACUGCAGGUUGUUUCUGCCCCAGCAACCUGUUUAGAGCUGGACCACACUCACAUAUCUGUGUAUCUGACUGUGCCUAUUGCAAAGGACCAAGAGGAGAGCCUAAAUUUCCUGGUGAAGUGUGGCAGUCCAACUGCAACCUGUGCACAUGUAACAACCAGACUCAGACUGAGGAGUGUUUUCCAAAACCUCCUGAGCCAGUUCCUCUCUGUGGCCCCAGUGAGGUUUUAUUAACCACCUCCUGCUGUGGUGAUCAGUUGUGUGCCAAGAAGAUAUGCAACUAUAAUGGACAAAUGUACGAGAUGGGUGACAGAUGGACAGAUGUUGCCCACCCCUGCAUGACAUUUAGUUGCAGCAGAGAGGGCAUUCAGACAGAGAGUAAAGUCUGUCCCAGUCAAAGCUGCUCUGAGGAGGGCAGAAUUUGGGAUGAUCAACACUGCUGCUAUACAUGCGAGCAGAGAUGCGCUCCCAAGAUGUCCAGUAUCAACAUCACCAUUGACAACUGCCGCACUGUCAUACAGAUGCCUUUGUGUCAGGGCCAGUGUUCAUCUCAGCCAAGGGUGGUGUUACACGGUGACUUGCUAGUGCAGCAUAGCGCAUGCUGUGUGGAGCAGAGCUCAGUGAAGAGAACAGUGACCCUGCAUUGUUCUGACCUCUCUACUGUACAGCACACCUACAAGCACAUCACCAGCUGUGGGUGCAGAGGUAUUGAAAUGUGCAUCACAGAUGAAAGCUAAAGAUUUUCAGACUUUUGCUUUGUAUCCGUUUGAUUUGCAGAUCAAAAACAUUUGGUGUUCAAUUAUGGUGGGUUAUUAAUUAAAAUAGUUUUUUGUUCUUCAUAGAAAUCAAGUGAUGAAUGUGCUUUCUAUCAAAUAAAGAAAAUAUUAUAAUAA